AUGGGAAGGCAAGCUGGUGGAAAACAAUCAGUCGGGUACAUGAAGUUGGAUUUACUAAACCAUAUAAGGACCCGAAGACAAACUGAGCUCGAAUAUGGAGAGGCAGCAUGGCUAAUGAAUUAUUUUGAGACUCAGUCUUGUGAAGAUCCAUCUUUCUUUUAUGCAUUCCAAUUGGAUAGUGAUCAAAUGAUCACUAACAUAUUCUGUGCUGAUUCAAAAAUGAUAGUUGAUUAUUGCAAUUUUGGAGAUGUUGUACGUUUUGACACAGCAUACAAAGUUGUACAUGGCAACCAUCCAUUUGGAAGUUUCUUGGGGUUGAAUCAUCACCGGGAGACCGCUGUGUUUGGAGCAGCGUUCAUGUAUGACGAGACUGCAAAGUCGUUUAUGUGGUUGUUUGAAACAUUUUUGAAAGCAAUGUCCGGUAAAGCGCUAAAGACGAUCUUCACUGAUCAAGAUGAUGCAAUGGGAAAGGCAUUGACGCAGGUGAUGCCAGGGACAAAACAUUAUCUGUGUGUUUGCCACCUAAUGCAAAAUGCACAGAAGCAUCUAGGGUUGUUGUUUAGACGUGCGCAAGGCUUUAAGAAGGUGUUAUCAAAAUUAAUAUGGGCCAUGGCAUUUAUUAAACAUACCUGGUACGCGGGUAUCCACAGCACACAACUGAGUGAGAGCUUCAACGGUUGCUUGAAGGCGUACUUAUCCAGGCAAGUGAUUCUUCUAGAUUUCUUCACACACUUUGAAAGGCUGUUGUCCGAUAAGCGUUACAAAGAGUAUGUAGCCGAGUAUGGGUUGCUCCACAAUCUACCUCAACUGAAAAUAAACUGUAACAUAUUAAUAAAGGCGGCAAACCUAUACACAAAGGUUAUAUUUAAUAUUUUCCGGGAGGAGUUUUUAGCAGCUGCUGCUAGUCAGAUGAUCAUUGGUUGCAGUCCCAUCGAUGGCAACGGAGGUUGUGUUUAUAAAGUCAUUGGUGAGGAUCGAAUGCAACGCGACGUGAGGAGGACAGCAGAAGAUGAAUUGUUAUGUUCUUGUUGUAAAUUUGAAAGGGAGGAUAUUAUGUGUAGGCAUAGUUUGAAAAUCCUAAAGGACUCCAUGUUCGCCAAUACAUUGCCUCGUCGAUAUAUAUUUAAAAGGUGGAGUAAAACUGCAAGAGAUGGCAGCUUGGAGGAAAAUCUUUUCGAUGAAGUGAUUGCCGAAGCUGAUCCAAAAAUUGAGGUUAGGAGACGGCACGGGGUACUUUGUUGUAUUCUGACUGAAAUUUUGUCCAUUGUAUCGGAGGAUAAGGACGGAUACAAUGAUUUAUUAGUGAAAGCCAUGGAGUAG